AUGGAUGAGCAAGAAUCAGCUGGCCCAGAAGCAGGAAGAGGCCAUGUCAUCAAAACUGGGACCAGUGAGGGAUUCUGGGAAAGCUCCAUGCAGAAGAUCCUGGGUGAGGAGGGCAUUCUCCGCUCAGAUGUGCAGAGCCAACAAUUCAGGCAGUUCUGCUACCAGGAGGCCAAAGGACCUCGAGAGGUUUGCAGCCGCCUCUACCUCCUUUUCCGUCAGUGGCUGAAGCCAGAAAGGCACACGAAAGCCGAGAUGCUGGACCUGGUGAUCUUGGAGCAGUUCCUGGCUGUCCUUCCUCCUGAGAUGGAGAGCUGGGUGAGGGAAUGUGGAGUGGAGACCAGUUCCCAGGCGGUGGCCCUGGCCGAAGGAUUCCUCCUGAGUCAGGCAGAGGAGAGGAAGCAGGCAGAGAGAAAGCAGGUGAGAGAGACUGUCCUCUGGAUAUUCCCAAGGGGCACUGUGAUAGGAGGGACAGUUUCCUGAAAUUCUUUCCUAGGAAUGAUCUCUGAUACCCUGAAGUGUUUGCCCCUCCCAUUCCUUUUCUAAUAUUUCUGCCCAUUCACUGUUCUGAAUCCUUUUUGCUUUUUCAGGAAAAGUAUCUGUUUGCAGAAAUGGGGCUGGAUUCCACUGAGGCAAAGGGGAUUCAGUUGGUCCAGAGAGAGAGACCACUGGGUAAGGAAGAAGGAGUUUUUUCUCCAUUUGGUCACAUUCUGUGGAUUUGGAAACUAACCUGUGGGUUCUUUUCAUCUUUUCGGGGCGGACGCUUGAGGCCAAGAGCCUUAAGUUGUGGACAUGCCUUUUUAUGUAGCUAAGAUACAAAUGUCAAAAUUUACUCAGUAGGUGAGACUUUAUCAGAAGCCCAUCUGUAGUUAGAGGUGCACUGCUUCACCUCUAAGAAAAGCAUGUGCUAAUGGCCUGCCACUUCCCUUUGUCUCUCACAGGUGACAGAAUGAUGCUGCCAAGACCUCUUCAUCCAUCUUUGCAUGGAGGCAGAGGAGAAACAGCAGCUCUGGAACCAGCUCAGGUAGGGAGAAGGAGCAUUGUGGGCAAAGAGGCUCCUGCUCUUCACUUCUGUCAAAAUUAUCCUUAACAAAGGCUUAAAAUGGCAUUCCAGAAGGUUUAUGUCCUGAGAAUGAUUAACAAUCACGUCACGUUCACCAGCCUUCUGAAUGAUGCUAGUAUUAUUUAUCAGUUGCAGUUUUAUUUACCAAUUCAACAUUUUAUGCUAAGAUACGCUUCUAAACAGUUGACAAACCAUAAAAGGAGUGGCCAGAUUCACCUCACGAGUCCCAUUGGUUGCACUAUAGGGCUUUCCCCCUCCCUGCACCCAUUUACACAAAGAUGAAUACCCAUCAUUAAAAUACACAAUAAAACAAUUCCGUUAAGACCUUAAAAUGUGCAUCCAUAAUUAAAAUGUACAGCAAAACAAUCCCAUUAAAACAGAACAGCAAUGAACAGGCAGAAAGCACCAGAGCACUCUGUUGUAGAUAAUCUGUUGGCCGUCUAAGAGGAAGACUUCUCUCUUCUUUUAGGGUCCAGUGUGCUUUGAAGAUGUAGCUGUUCGUUUCACAGAUGAGGAGUGGGCUUUGCUGGAUCCCAACCAGAAAGCUCUGCAUAAGGAAGUCAUGGAAGAGAAUUGUGGGAUCAUGAACUCUCUCAGUAAGGCUCCCUGUUGGAUCAUGAUGUCUGUUUUGAAAUUCAAUACGUAUCUAUAUAUGAUGGACCUCCAAUAUUUUGAUGAAGCUCAACAGCACCACCUACAGCAUCUGCAAUUCUGA